AUGGAAUCGUCGUGUUCUCAUAUCUUCGGUUACUGUAAAAUACCCUCAACUUUUACUCAAGUAUAUAAAGAAGAAUGCACGCAAUGUUUUGAUUCACAGGAUCUUGCACCUGGAAUCGAUGUGUGCUUAACUUGUUUUAAUGCAGGAUGCAACAAUUCUGAAAGACGUCAUGCCCAAAUCCAUUAUGAAAAGACAAAUCAUCCAUUAGUAUUAAACAUCUAUCGAUUAAUCAAAGACAAGCCUAAGAGGGCUGAUGAGAACGAGGAACCACCUCAAAAGAUCAGUAAACUCGCAAUUAUACCCGAAUCUGAAAAUGACAAGUACGAAUUUAUCACACAUGUAAAGUGCUAUGCUUGUGGGGGUAUUGAGGUCGAUAGGACUUCUGGUGACCUGCCCGCUGUAGUCGAUGCGGUGAUGGCAUCUAUGUCAGCUGCAAAGCAAUCAGAAAUAAAAGCAUGGGAAGAAGAAAUUGUAAUAUGUGACCAUACGCGUGACUUAGUGCAAGAACAGUCCAGAGCUUUGGAAUCACAAGUUUGUGGCAACCUCGGAUGUGGACGGCAGCAAUAUGAUGGGUCAGGUGGAAACGGGCACGGCUUAGCUCAUUAUAAUAAAACCAAGCAUGCGAUAAGUUGUAAAUUGGGAACGAUUACUCCAGAAGGCACUGCGGAUAUACACUGUUAUGAAUGUGAUGAAACGAGAUUAGACCCAUUUCUGGACAAGCAUUUAGCUAACUUUGGGAUCAAUGUCGCUUCACAACAAAAGACGGAGAAGAGUAUGACGGAGCUGCAAAUUGAGCAAAACCAACUGUUUAGUUGGAGUAUGGAAACAAAGGACGGUAAGCAACUUGAACCCUUAUUCGGACCUGGUUAUACUGGUAUUAAAAAUUUAGGUAAUAGUUGCUAUAUGGCAUCUGUUCUACAAUCCAUAUUCUCUUUGGAUGCUUUUCAACAAAGAUAUUAUCCCACUGCUAUGGAACACCAUACGCAAUGCACGUACGAUAAUCCGGCCAGCUGUAUUCAGUGUCAAUUAUCUAAACUUGCCGAUGGUUUAUUGAGUGGUCGCUAUUCCCAACCUACUCAGAUUGUUAACAGUGAGAAUGAACAACUGGAGCAAGAUGGUAUAUCACCAAGCAUGUUUAAGGCACUUAUUGGGAAAGGGCAUGUUGAGUUUUCCACGAUGCGGCAACAAGAUGCUUUUGAAUUUUAUCAACAUCUUGUUACGACAAUUGAACGCAAAGAGCAUAAUAACCCAGGAAAUGAUCCAACAAAAGUAUUUAAAUUCGCGAUUCAAACGCGUCUACAAUGUGUAGAAUGUAAACGAGUUCGAUAUAAGGACAGUACAGAGUCAUCCAUUUCAAUAUCAGUACCUGCGAAUAAGAUUGAAAUAAAUGAGAAUAACGAAGCUAAAUACGAGCCCGUGACUUUCGAACAAUGCUUACAGUUGUUUGCUGCAGAUUCGGCAAUUGAAUAUAUGUGCCCAGCAUGUAAUAAAAAGACUGUUGCUACGACACACACAAGAUUUUUAACAUUUCCCGAAGUCCUCGUAGUCCAUACACGAAGAUUUGAAGAAGAAAAUUGGGUUCCUCGUAAAAUUGCUGUUCCCAUUCUUUUUGAGCAAGAUUACUAUAACUUUGACAAAUACAUUGCUCAUGGGCGACAGGAUCACGAAGAACUGUUUUCAGAAGAAUCACCCGCAGUGCCUUCAAUUAAUGAAUCGGACCUUAAUAAGUUACUUGAAAUGGGUUUUCCCGAGAACAGAUGCAGAAAAGCAUUGAUUGCUACUGGAAAUAAUGGAGGUGAUAUAGCAAUGAAUUGGUUGUUCGAACAUAUGGAUGAUGCAGAUAUUGAUGCGCCGAUUUCAGGUUCAACAGCUGUAUCUAAUGUACAGGAACCUUCGGAAAACGAUGUCUCCAUACUAAUGACUAUGGGAUUCUCAGAAGCACGAGUUAGAAAAGCCUUAUCAGAGACGAAUAACGACGUUGAACGUGCUGCUGACUGGCUCUUUAGCCAUCCUGAAGAUGUGUCUGAUAGUUUACAAGUUGAUGACAAUAACAUCACUAACACUUUUGGAGAUUCUACUUUACCCGCCGAUUAUCAACUUCAGAGUGUCAUUUCUCACAAAGGCACAUCUGUACACUGUGGUCACUAUGUUGUUCACACACGUAAGGAUCAAAAGUGGGUUUUGUUUAAUGACAGCAAAGUUGUAGAAGAUCCUCAACCUCCUCUUGAAGAUGCUUAUGUCUAUAUUUUGAGGAGAGUGCGCUUUCCAGAUAUGAGUGCCUAA